CUCCAUUAAUUUCCCACCUUAUAUCCCCCUCCACCAUCAUUUUCUCCACCCAAACACCCCCUCCCCUCUUUCUCCUCGCCGGACUAUUUCAUUUCCGGCAAUUUAGGGUAUCUUUUACCUGGUUAUUGAUCGAAGAUUCAUAUGCUCUAACAAUUUUGAAUCUUUCUUCGGUGAGUUUUUCUUUUUUGAAGUAAAGCUUCGAUUUUGUUUGUUUUUCUCGGAUCUAAGAGAAGAGGCGACGAAUCAAGGGUUUAUAGACGUAGAUGUCGAAUACGUCCUCGUAUUGGUGUCAUAGAUGCAACCGAUUCGUUAGGGUUUGGAACCAGGAAUCGAUCGCUUGUCCCGAUUGCAACAGCGGAUUCAUUGAAGAAAUUGGAACUCCGAGUAGAUCUGGUCUAUCGGACUCACGACGACGUCGUUUCCCAGCGGCGGCGAUGUACAUGAUGGGAAAUAAUCGCAAUUCGGAUAGUCAGAAUUCGAGUCCAAGGGUCAGGAGAAGCCGGAGGACCGGCGGUGACCGGUCACCUUUCAAUCCGGUCAUCGUUCUUCGUGGACCGUCGGAUAAUGUUGGCGAAACGGGUAAUGGGUUUGAAUUGUAUUAUGAUGAUGGAGCUGGGUCGGGUUUGAGGCCGUUGCCGGCGACUAUGUCGGAGUUUUUGUUGGGAUCGGGUUUCGAUAGGCUUUUGGAUCAAUUGGCCCAAAUUGAAGUGAAUGGAAUUGGACGAAUCGAUCAUCCACCGGCUUCGAAGGCGGCGAUUGAGUCAUUGCCGACAAUUGAGAUUGUGGAGAGUCAUGUAGAUAUUGAAUCACACUGUGCUGUUUGUAAGGAAGCCUUUGAAUUGGGUACGGAAGUUCGCGAAAUGCCGUGUAAGCAUUUGUACCAUUCUGAUUGUAUACUUCCUUGGCUUGCUUUGCGCAAUUCUUGCCCUGUGUGUAGACACGAGUUACCAACGGAUAAUCGAGACUCUGGCGAAUUGAAUAGAGGGCAAAUUGAACAAAAUGUGGGGGCAAAUGAUGAUGAGACUGUUGGGUUGACGAUAUGGAGACUGCCUGGUGGUGGGUUUGCGGUUGGGAGGUUUUCUGGAGGUAGGAGAGGUGGGGAGAGAGAGCUUCCGGUUGUUUAUACUGAGAUGGAUGGUGGGUUUAAUAAUAAUGGUGCUCCGAGGAGGAUUUCUUGGGCUUCUAGAGGGAGUGUGUCGAGAGAAAGUGGUGGAUUGAGGAGGAUGUUUCGCAGUGUGUUUGCUUGUUUUGGUGGGGCAGGAUCUUCAGCUUCCAGAUCAAGUUCAGGUCCUAGGAUGACUAGAAGUAGUAGUUCUUCGUCAUCAUUUUCUAGCAUGCCCUCGCGGGGGCGCAGGGCUCGGGCAUUUGAAGUUCAUAAUGAAACUAGGAGAUGGUGAUUUUUAUGGAGGAUUUUGAACGAAUCUUAUCUGUUUUCUCCAUGAGUUUGCCUGGCUGAUACUCUGAUUAACCAAGAAUGUUUGGUAUAGGGAUGAUUUUAUGUGGAAUACAUAGUAAUCAUUCAUUGUAUAUAGUCAGGAAUGAGAAAGAAAUGCAGACCACUUAUGUUCAAUUUACAUCCUGUCUCGGACUUGGGCAGUGGUAUAUGUUUAGCAACUGAGCCCUAAUGUGACCAAAUGAAGAAGGUAAUGAAGCAGAUGAAGGUGACCUUAAAGGAACAGACUUUAGUGUUAGAAUUGGCUUCUCGGAAGCGGGGAGGUACACAGUCGAUUGUUCUAUAGUGCCUAGAGUGCAUGUGGGCUUAUCUAUUUUUUUUUAGCUUUAAUUUGCUGUCAUUAUAUUCAGUAAGUUAUUGUUCAGAAAUAUGAUUUCUAUUCCACUUGUGAAACUUGUUCAUUUAUUGUCCCGAAGUAUUAUUUCUAUUACACUAAUGAAGUUUGUUCAUUUGUUGUUCAGAAAUUUUGAUUUCUAUUCAACUUGUGAAGCUUGCUGCAUGAGAUGUUACUCUAUCUGUCUCUUUACAAACAUAUAUUAUCG